AUGGUGAACAUGCAAAUGUUUCUCAGCUCGCCCGACCUGGCCACGCCGCAUGGCGGACCUCCUUUCCAAGGCUGGCGAAAAGGCUUUGGCUUCGGACAUAGCAGAGGACCAGGUGGAUAUAUGCAUGAACCAUCCAUGGUCCUCAAGCUGAAGUGCAGUCCGAAGUACGACCGCGCUCUCGCAAGCAGUGCCUUCUGGAGGAAAAAAUGGGAGCUUGGUCAGGCGAAUAGUUUCGGUAUCGGAGAGCGUCCCAGUUACAGUAGACCGGAGGAUGCUGACGUGGGUCCGAACACCUAUGGCGACUACUCCAAGCAGGUUGACAAGGUGAAGCGAAACGCCAUUCGACCCGGCAUCAAGUUGAAGGAAAGGUUCCCCACCUUUGAGGAGAAAAAGCGGGACUCCAGGUCCGGGGUUAGUGGGCCUGGGCCAGCAAAGUACAACACGAGUUUGCCUGCUGGCAAAUCUUCAUGGGUGUAUCCUGCAAGGAACCCAACCUGGUCGCUGGGUGCCAGAACUAUUCUGUCUCAGGAUAAAGAGAGCCUGGGUAAACCUGGCCCAGAUGCAUACAACUGCGUCACAACGCCUGGAACGAACUCACCAGUUCUGAGAGGCACGCUAUAUGACAUUACUUUGAAGACCCGGACGAAGGUUCACCAACUCGGUGAAGCAAGCCCCGGGCCAGCACGCUACACUGUGCCGGGCGAGCUAGCAAAGUGGCUUGGCAAAGCAAGAGUGCCCCCUCCAUGGUACCAUGCUAACAUGCUAUGCUUGGAAUAG